AUGAAAGUCGCCUGUCUCCAGUUCGCCCCAGAAGUCGGGCGCGUCCCAGAAAACAUCCAAAGAGCAGAACGCAUCCUCCAGUCCACCGCCAUUCCUCACGACCUAGCAUGGCUCGUCCUUCCCGAACUCGCCUUCUCAGGUUACAACUUCCAAUCACUGGAGGAGAUCCAACCCUUCCUCGAGCCUACCACAUCCGGCAUCUCAACCCAAUGGGCGCAGAAAGUAGCAAAACACUACAACUGCCACGUCACAGUCGGUUACCCAGAAAUCACCACCCCAGCCACCAAUCCCGCGGACAGUCAAACGCAGUACAACUCCACCGUCACUGUAUCGCCAGAUGGAGAAAUACUAAACAACUACCGGAAAUCCUUCCUUUACUACACAGACGAGACAUGGGCAUCUGAAGGACCGGGCUCGAAGUCGCAUAAACUAUCCAAUCCCUCAUCGCCAGAUUCUCCCUUCUAUGCCGGUCAACUCGGUAGCCUGGGGAAGGUUACCAUGGGGAUAUGUAUGGAUAUAAAUCCUUACAAGUUCGUCUCUCCUUGGGCCGAUUACGAGUUCUCUACUCUCGCUCUAACAUCACAAUCUCCGAUUGUUUGCAUAAGCAUGGCUUGGCUGUGCCAUCUCACGCCUGCGGAACUUGUACAGGAGCCAUCGCAGCCGGAUAUAGCGACGGUAGCGUACUGGGUCGAGCGCUUCCAACCGCUUGUUGAGGCCAAGGGGGAUAAACCCGUCUAUAUCAUCAUGGCGAAUCGGUGUGGAAUGGAGAAGGGCGUCUGCUAUGCAGGCAGCAGUACGGUGAUAAAGAUCGAGAAGGGCGUUGUCAGUCUGUACGAGACAGCGGGCAAGAGCGAGGAGACUUGUUUGAUCGUGGAUCUGACCCAGCGACCCAAGUUCCAGGUGAGGAGUGGGAGGUGA